CCUGUUCCUUAAGCAAAGGAUUUGCGAUAUUAUAUUUUAGCAAUGUACAUGUAGCGGGAUGUUUUGGAGUUCUUAUGUAUUACAAAUUAGAUGUGACUCAUUUGUACUGUCCAGUUUUGCUGGCAAUAAAGGGCUUAAGAGAACAUUAAUAAGACAUUUUCUCGAGGUGAGUAAUUACUUGUUGAUUUCCAGAAGCAUGCAUAGAACUUUUAUAAAACAACUAGUAGCGCUUUAAGACAGUCCAGUAUCAGGACCCGACCAAAAAUAUGCAUUCGGUGUGGCACCACAGGGUCAAAGUGAAACAGCGAUGUACAGCUAGCUUCAUCUGUUCCUUUGUGUGCGUUGUCUGGCGCGUGGCGAGAAGAAAGCAGGCGGCCCCAUGUGGUUGCGCGCACUGGCUGCAAACUUGUACAAGGGUUUGGGUUCCACCGACAACCCAAUUCUCGCGCCUUCCUGUCGAUGUUGACAAAGAGACGGAGUGGGACGGGAUCCUGCAGCUACAGCCUCAGAUACAUUUCUGUGUAUUGGCGUCAUAUGCUUCGGAGAAUCCGACACCGGGCAGUACAACGCGCAGUCGGUGUGGCUGGUCCUGUGGUUACCACCGAGGAAGAAUCGCCACGGUGGAUUCUGAGGACAUAGUCGCCUGGAAAAGCGGCGGAAGUGCGAUAUGAUUAACGAUCGGAAGAUAGCAGUGCGCGGAACCGUGGCUGCGGCCCGGUAGGCAAUCUGAUGUUUUGAACAUUAUAAACGGUGUAACGGGUCUCGCACACUUUCACGCUGGAACUCACAGGAGAUCUCGCUUUCCCCCGACGCCUUGCGGGGCCCAAGCAGUGCCUCAAACGUGAGAGCAUGGGUCGUUGCGACGGGAGGUGUACGCUCGUGGUCAUCUGCUCUCUGCAGCUGCUGGCGGCACUGCAGAGGCAGGUGUUUGAUUUUCUGGGCUAUCAGUGGGCUCCCAUCUUGGCCAACUUUCUCCACAUCGUAGCUGUUAUUUUGGGAGUGUUUGGGACAGUGCAGGUUCGGUCUCGGUAUCUCAUACUGUAUGCAGUGUGGCUGGUGGUCUGGGUUGGUUGGAACUCUUUCAUCAUCUGCUUCUAUCUGGAGGUGGGCCACUUGUCUCAGGAUAGAGAUUUCGUGAUGACAUUUAACACCUCUUUACAUCGCUCCUGGUGGAUGGAGAAUGGGCCUGGUUGCUUAGUUACAACAGUGCCUGAUUCUCCAUUGGCUCCACAAGACCAUCAUGUGAUCACAGUCAACGGAUGCUUGCUGGACUACCAGUACAUAGAGGUUGUCAGCUCUGCCCUGCAAGUGUUCCUUGCCCUUUUUGGAUUUGUAUAUGCCUGCUAUGUUAGCAAAGUCUUCCUGGAUGAUGAGGACAGCUGUAAGUGUUUGCAUCCACAGCAGUUGCAAAAGUUGAUUUCAUUGGUGGAUUUGACUCCUAUGGUUACCAGCCCCCACAAAAAAGUUCUCAUCUACAGCUACAGCCUCUUUACACGGCUGGAUAGAGGAAACGCAUACUCCCACCUGCCUUUGAAUGGAUCAAAAGUUAAACUCUUGAAAGAUGCUGUCCUGUGCAUUGUGGGAUUAUAUAGUUCUACAAAAUUCAGUGUCUGUGUUUCUGGAACUGUCUCCCUCUGCUGGCAGAAAAAAACUGCAGCACAGAAGCUAUACAUUCAUUGAGUGAUUGAGAGAAGCUAUAUGGGGAAAGCUAGUACUGCCACACUCUUAGUGCAUGUUUCAAUAUACUUAAGAAAUUGAAAUGCACAAACUUUUCCCAAACUGAGUACAAUUGAAAUGCUGCAUAGAUAUGGUUUUUCCCAGUAUACAAUUCCACUUCCUUCCUUUUUAGAAAAUAAGAUGGCCUUCACAGUCAUAGUGCAUUGUGGCUGAUCACCGAUUAUAAUGCGAGUUGGGUUAUAAUGCUUCCACAGUAUGGUGUAAAACCAGAAUGUAGAAAUUUGGGGGCACUCCCCAUUUGUUGAUCAAGUGCCCACUGACGCACUGGUUAGUGCUGAGUACAUAGUUAUUGUGUGUCAUUGGUAGGCAGCAUGUGCUCAUGCCCAGUGGGGGAGGAAGGGAAGGCAGACAGACAAGUAACUGACAAUGCCACUAAGAUGCAUUGUGUUGCCUAGGCAUUGUGGGGAAAGAUGUGUGGACUACAAUGGAUGCCGUGUGUGUGUGUGUAUGUUUGGUGUUAUCAUCAUGGGAGACAACCUUUGACCCAGGUAACCAUUGGAAUUCUUGUCUGAGCUACUUCCUCAGCUCUGCUGUAUGUAUGUUUGUCAGGGAGAAAAUCUUUAUUUCAUGCUUUGACUUAAUACAAUGUAAUGUGUUAGAUGAAUGUUUUUAGUUUGCUUAGUUGUAUAGUUGGAGAAUGUAGUAGGAUUUUCUGCAUGUAAAUAUCAGACUGAUUGUAGAGAGGAUGUACCUCAGAGUGGCCCUCACAUACGUGUGCUGGUGUGCAUAAUAAAUAUAAUGAUCCAUAAAUGUUUAUUUGUAAACAACUUUAUAAAUAAAUACAUAUGUAAAUAUAUGGCUAUGUGUAAAGAACAGCGAGGGACACAUCUGGAGGUCUUGGCAAUUCUUGGAGCUAAUAAAUUCUUUUUAGAUUAUU